GUGUGAGUGUGUCACAUAAAAGCUAACGACAGCCCACAAAAUUGUCACUCGAAUGUGUCCUUUCGAUUGCCGCAGCGCUGUUGUAGUGGUGGUGUCAACCGAGUUGUCGCAAGGGAAAAUGUCACCGCAGUGUGACGCCACCCCACCCUAAACCCACCGCCUUACGCGACGUGACAGUGUGUGUGAAUGUGUCGCUUAGUCCAAUGCGGGUACGGGAUUGCAUCAAUAGCUAAGCUUCCCCCACUCCCGAUUUUCUGGAUUCUCUUUGUCGUCUCGCUUCGCACUCGAUUCCAACAGUUUGUUGUGUGUCUGUCAACGUUAUUAUGUUGUUUUUUAUGCUUUACCUCUGUGCACACGCUAUUUACGUGCACCGCGCUCUCUGCUUUGUGCUCGCGCUCGCUCUGUGCUCGGGUGGUGUUGGUGGUGCUCGGUCAAUGUAUGGUGUGUAGGAGAAUCGAACAAAAUCGUCCCUCACCGCCUUCACUGUCUUCGACGGCGGUGGGUUCUCUCUCGCUCGCAACGUGCGGGCGACGCGACGACUUCGCGGAUUGCUCUUCUCCGUUGCGGCGCGCGUGCAUGUGUCUCUUUGUGGAAUCUUUUCUUCCCUCUGCUGAGCUUAUCGCACCGCACUUGCUGUGUUCUCUCUCCGAGCCAGUCGCUGGACAACAUUUUCCGUAUUCCACCUUCGUUCGGUUGUAUGGGUAGGACGGUUUUGGUAGCGCGACCGCAGCGCACAUACGACACCUGACUUGGCUCUCUUCGUCACAUCCGAGGGUUCAACCAGUAUUAUUGAACCCGUCUAACGAGUGAGACAUACACACCGAGUCCUCCGCUCUCAAUCGGUUUCUUGUGUGCUUUGUGGUGUGCAGCAGCUGAGGCACGGCUGCAAACCUGAUUCCUAAUCUUGGAACAAACCGCGGGGACGUCUGCCGUUGAGGUGCAGACCCCUAAAUCGAACCAAAUAAUAUCAUCUUCAGUUCGUCGGAUCUCGCCACCAGAACCUCUCCCUCUCGCUCUGUGUCGCGUCACGGUUCUCGCGUGUCGUAUCGGCGGUGAUCAUCAUCCCGCUUCUUCGGUAGCAGCAGCGCAAGAUCGUUGAGGAUCCUCACCUCCUCAGCAGUCAGUAGUCAGCGACAAGUCGCGAGCGAGCAAACGAGUAGUGCGCGCGGGGUGUUAGCCAAGUUAGUAGUGCUCCGGGCCAUCAAGCAAUAGUUCUUUCGGAUUGCGCGGUGGGCAUACACACAUUGUGCUACGAAUACACGCGCGGCGCGACGCUACCGCUGCGAUCCAACCAAAGGUGCGGGCCUACCCCCGAAAAGUGGCCUUAGCUCCUCUCCAGUGUACACACGGAGAGCGCCGCGGACGGAGUUUUUUCCUGGACACUGUGCGGUGCGCGACACAAAAUCCAUACGGGACGACGGGAACUAACAGCAAGUGACAAACGCGCAAUAAUUUGCGAUCGAUCGUUUAGUUACGCAAAAGUGUCGCACUCGCGGGUACUCUUCAGUGAUCGUGUGGUUACGCACAAUAGAAUGCGAGUGAAAAAUUCUUGGAAAAAAGGGAAGAACCGAUCAACAAAAACAAAAUUCUAGUGAACCCAUAAAAGUGAUUCUUGAGAAGCAAUCUGAAGUGAUCUGAUGUGAAAUCUGAAAUGAAAAAUCAAAGGAAGAUCUGAUUCCAGGCAGAUCUUGUGGAUACAACAACAGCAACAACAACAACAAAACCAACAACGAUAACAACACACACCUGUGGUGCCAAACCAAAAUUUUAGUUAAAGUGUCCCCUCUCUCGAAAUAGCGAGAGGAAAAAGCAAAACCGAAACCAAAUUCGGAAGUGUGAAAAAAGCGGGCGGAAAAAUUGACGCCCAGUUGGUUGUUGAAAAGUUCAAAAAAAAAGAAGCGAAAUAUAAAAUUUCGUGAGUGAAUGGUGCAGGACUACGAACAACAAUUUCGACAGCAUCAUCUACGACAACAGAAACAGCAACAACAACAACAACGUUUAGAAGGCAGACGACAACUGAUUUUGUGAUUGUUUGCGAAGUGAGGUGCACAUCGAAUUGUGUGUUUCUUUUGCCAGCACAACAGUAUCCAAGUGUGCGGUGACAAACUGAUUGCUGCGAUCGUCGAUAAUCUGAACAAGAGCGAUUACAGUCCGCCACAUAUUAGAAAAUACACAAAAUCAACACAACAUGACACCCAUCAUCAGUCAGCUGUUGCGCGGCUAGACCGCUAGCCCUUCAAAUCCAUCGGAACACCCCUCGACCAUCGCAGUGGAAAAACACCUCAAUCGUCCCGUGAACCGAGAACCCUCGAACAAAACAAGCGCGCCCAAAUGGUUAUGUCGCCAAGUAGACGACUAUCAUCGCCAGGAAUCGCCACGCAUCCGAUGAAUAUGCAUUUGAGCUCGCUGCAACACUCCCAGCUGCAAUUGCCCUCUCAAAUGCAUCAAAAGUUGGCCGCCGGACUGACGCCGAAUCAUAUGAGUGGAUUCUUCAAAAGCCCGUCCACUUCACCCAGCAGCGCCAAUGCUAAUAUGAGCAACACCAGCUCCAGCAACAACAAUAACAACAACAAUCACCACAGCAGUAGCAAAUCGCAAAGCAACGGUAGCAACAGCACACCCACCAAUAUGCCGUCGGCAACCGAACUUUCGUCGCACCCGUUGAACCGCCUGCAGUCGAUGCAGCCGUUCGACUUUCGCAAACUGAGCGCAGCAGCCGCUGGUUUGAGCGCCUUCACAGCAGGCCUACCACCGCCAAGGCUCAGCCCCGAAGCAGCCGCCGCUCAGCACCACUUCAACCAACAGCAGGCGGCUGCUGCAGCUGCGUACUCUCAGGCAACCGCCAAGCGUCGUGAUUCCCAAGCUUCCGACUCGUCGCCAAGCUCACGCGAACACGCCGCCGCCGCUGCCAACUUCAUGAAUCUCACCAUGGGCGGACAUGGCCUACCGUUCCCCAUCCCUCCACCACCGCCCCCAACCUCGGUCGCCAUGUCACUUGCCAACUCACUGAACCACUCGGCAGCUGCCAUGGCAGCAGCUGUUUCCGGCAACCCGUUGGCCGCCAGCUUCGUUGCUCAGUCCUUCCCCAAUCUGCUGGCCGCAUCGGCUGCCCGAGAACAAGCUCGCAGCAAGUCGCCCCACAAAAUCCAGCUCAAGUCGGAUAAACCCUCCGACAAACCAGACAACGAAAAGAACCAUCACCACGGCAGCGGCGAGAACGUUCUAAACCUCAGCCGAGACCUUGCAGCACAACAUCUUGCUCGACAAGGUCUACCCGGUCAUGUCAGCCGGCUAGCCGCAGGACUUCCUCCAGGUGCUCACCUGAAGAAGCCCCAAUCCCCAAGCAAGCGCCAAUGGGGAGCCCUCCCACCCAACCUGGGAACGCAAUUCGUUAACCCAGCCACCGGCAAGAAACGAGUCCAGUGCAAUGUCUGCUUCAAGACCUUUUGUGAUAAGGGCGCCCUGAAGAUCCACUUCUCGGCUGUUCACCUACGCGAGAUGCACAAGUGCACCGUCGAAGGCUGCAGCAUGAUGUUCAGCUCUCGGCGAUCUCGCAACCGUCAUAGCGCUAACCCAAACCCAAAACUGCACUCGCCUCAUCUCCGGCGAAAGAUCUCCCCUCAUGACGGGCGCAGUGCUCAGCCCCACCCAAUUCUACUUCCCUCAGCAGGAAUGCCUCUGCCCAACGGUCUGAACCAUCUCCACCCCUUCGCGCCGUUCCCUCUGAUGCCACCGGGUGACAUGCGCCACCCGUCGCUCUCGGCCCUGGAGUUCAAAGCCAACAUGGAAGCUAGCAUGCACCGUCGCCUGCAGGAGCAAGAGAAACAUCGCGAAAGCCAGCGGCAAUCGCUCAGCCCGGAGAACUACCGCUACCGCAGCCCUCUGGGAGGUGACUCCGACAAAUAUUUAUCGCCUGGUGGUCACCAUCUCAGCGUCGGCGGUGGCAGCUCGAUCGGAAGCCACCUGGAUGAUGAUGACGAUGACGACGAUGAUGAUCCUAACGGAAUCGUCAUCGAUGGAAACGACGAUGACGAUGAUAUGGAACAUGGCUUUGACAUGUCCCUCAGCUCCGAAUCGGAAGAUCUGAAGUCGUACCGUCACUCGCGAACUCCCGAUGCAGACUACGACAAUGAACGACUAAGUCACCACACCGAACGCGAGGAGGAGCGACGGCAAUCGAUGGAAGGAGCCGAGGAAAAUGAACCACAGGACUUCAGCCUGACCAAGCUGAAGUCGGAAAAGCUGUCGGUCUCGAGCGAUGGAGACGACGUAGCUAGCAAUGUGGACAGCAAUGAAGACUCAUCGGUGAACGACUCGCAAGUGGCGCUCAUGUCGAUCAACAAGCGCAAGCGAAAGAGCAUGAAUCCUACCAAGUGUGCAAUUCCUCCGGAACGCAUGACUGCCGAAUCCGGUAACAUGUCGGAUGAGAACGAGGACAAGGAGGGCGAGCGGGAAGAUGAAGCCGAGCCCUUGAUCAAGAAGAUCAAAGUGGAGCAAGAGCAACAGGAGGAGGCAAUGUCUUUGGUGAAUGAUAAACGAGAGAGUUCGGUAUCGCCAAAGCCCAACGGAGAGAGCAACCAUGUGGAAGAUCACGCUGAAAGUGAUCGCGAAGAAGAAACACCGGUGAAUAUCAAGUCAGAGCCAAGUGAGCACCAAGAUGAAGCGGAGAAUCUGUCGCUGGAUCUGUCGAAGAAGCGUUCGACGCCGGACGUCAACGCCAACGAAAAGUUUACCAAAUACUCGAUAGAUGUGAAGCCGGCUUCCGAGCUGAUGGAGAAUCCCAUGUCGCUGGUACGGGCAAAGAAAGAAAGUGAAGCUGAUCAUGAAGCGGAAGAUCUGCGCCGACCAGGAUCGGCCGACAGCAAAAAGAGCGGCGAAAGUCUCGAUUCCGCCAACACGCUGAGACGGUUGGAGAAUUUAUCGCACGGUCCGCUGAAUGAGAUGAUGCAGCGCGGUGGAUUGCCUCAAUUUCCACCACUAAGCUAUCUCAUGAACGCGGCACCACCGAGUCCUGCACGAUCGCGAAGUUCUUCGCCAAACCCUGCCGGAAGUCCACAGCAUCAGCAAGACUUGGAUUCCGAUGACAACGUAGACUACUGUGAAGAGGGUAACUGCUUCAACGAUCCCAACGUACCUCUCGACAAAGACCCAAAGAAGUGUUCCGCCUGUGGCCGAAUGUUCCAGAACCAUUUCGCCGUGAAAGCUCACUAUCAGAGCGUGCACCUGAAACUGCUGCACAAGUGCAAUAUCGAUGGCUGUAAUGCGGCAUUCCCAUCCAAGCGAAGCCGCGAUCGUCAUGCUUCGAACCUGAACCUCCACCGGAAACUGUUGUCCACUAGCUCCGAUAGCAGCGAGACUGUUCUUCCGAUGGAGAAACAAUUCCCCUCAUUCCCUGGCCCGCUGCCGACGGAAUUCCUAGCUAGACUGUACGCCGACUCGCAGAAGUUCCCCAUGAACUUGGAAGCCUUCAAGAACCACCUUCCCAAUGCUGGAGCGUACGCCGAACACUUCCUGAACGGAGCGGGCCAACGGUUCCCUCCAGCCGCCGCCAACCCGUUUCUGUUUCCGCCUCUCGGAGGCCUUGGCGGCUUCCCCGGCUUGUCCCAGUUCUCCCACCUUCUGCCGCAUCCGUUGAACGGAAUCUCAUCGCAACUGGCCGGCGGCCGGAUGUCCCGCUCGGAUUCUCCCAUCUCGGCGUGUUCCCCACCAACCUCCAGUAGCAACAUUCCAUCGCCUCGGUCGCACCAUCCGGAUCAGCAGGACGAUCGACACUCGGCGGCUGCAGCAGCGGCGGCAGCUCUUCUGCACCGAAACCGAUCGCCGGCGGCUACUCCUGUCGAAGAAGCCCGCAAGAGUCAGCAGACGCCGGACUCCUUGUCGUGACCGCCAACGCCUACUACUUCGGUCGAAUCCACCGGGAACUGGUGAACUCGACUCGGUAAUCUAAACUAGGCUUAAUUGAGUGCGCAAAGCAAUGUUAUCUCUUGACGGCUCUUCGCGAGCCAUGAAGCAAUUUGAGAAUAAAAAAAUAAAGAAAAACCCAUCCGGACGAUAGAAAUUAAUUCAAUUUAAAGAAGCGAUUGAUGGGCCACACCCACACCCUUCUCUCCCCUUCUUCUUGAAAAAAGAAACGUGAUCUCGUUUGACUCUCUUUUUUUAUUAUUUUGUAAUUAAACUUAUCGCUUAAAUUAGGUUUUGUUUAUCUGGACUAACUUCAGGAGCGGGCGGCUGAAGGUGACCCAUCAAAAUAAAUCAGCAAUCGUCGCCUACUGCUGCUGUUGGGUGAAUUGAGGUUAGAGACAUAAAUCACACUUUACUAAAGUGCCCAGUGAUAUGUAACUUUAAUUAAUUACUUUCGACGCUAAACUGAACUUUUGAUGAACAACCCAUCGGAAUUGUCCGCUGUUUCGGUGUUUUAAAGGGAGAAGCGGGACAAAAUCUGAUUUCGAAUUUACUUUUUUACGGUUAAGAAUUAUAAAGUAGAAGUUUUAGUGAAAAAAAGAAAAACAGAGAGCAAAAUCAAGCAUUGAAUCGCAAAAAGUAGCUUUUGUAAGGCCGUAAGUGUAAGCUUCUCCAGUUCCUAAACAAGAAAAAUCUCUGCUAUCCUAAUUGUGUAAUUUAUUCCCAAAAAAACCAAGCAACAAACUGAUCAACGAAAAAUGAUAUUCAUUUUAUAUGUUUCACAAAUAAGUACCUAUUUUUUAACGCAAAGUUUAUUUCAUCAAAACUGUCACCAACACCAAAUUCUUCCACGAACUAAAUCUAGUAUUUAAGUGUGCAAGAGGUCAAACAAAUCCUAGCGAGCAAAGAAAACAAAGAAACCUAUCGAAGUAGAAAGAAAAAUACGGAGAAACUCUCUAGAUUAAGCAUUCAGUAGAAGCGUAAGUGGAGCAAAUCUUUUCAUUUUUGUACCUUAACGAUUUUUUGAAGGAUCGUUGUUCUCCCGCAGAAGGCGAAUCACUUGAAAGAUAAUGCAAGAAAAAGAAAUCAAUAAUAAAAUGUGCAAUAUUUUCGUCCUCUUUUGUGCUCUAGAUAAAUGAUAGUCUGUUAGGGUAAUUGUAAUAAUACGCAUAGAUACAAUACUUUCACAAUUUUAGUGGUUAAGACAGCAAGAAUACAAAACAAUGGUAGAGUUAAUCAGUCUAAAACAAUGAAAAAAAAACAUAAAAAUAUGAUAAACAAGAUUUUACUCUCUAGGAAAAACAAUGCGAUCAAAACAAAACACGAAGCCCCCAAACAAUGUACAUAGUCUAUAAAUAUUGAACCAUUAUGGCGUAGAUAAUUACAACAAUUGAUAUUAAAGGCUAAGAAAACAGCUUCAUUCUAAAUGAAGCCUCACAUCACAAAAACACUCAACUCAAAAACAUGUUACACAGUAAUGUAAAAAAAUAGACAAAACUUAUCCAUACAAGAAAAAAACUGCAAGUUAAAAUAUCAAAAAUAUCAAUAAUAUACGACAAACAACCAUUUAUCAAAAUAAGGUAACCAACGCUGAAUUUUCUCCGAGAAUAACGCAAACACUCCGGAACGAACUUGUUUACUACUUUGUAUCCGUUUUGAAACAACUUGUUGAUCGAAAAGCUGUCAAAAUUCGCGACAUAUUUCUAUCAGUUUUUAUGAUAAAAAUCCAAUUUAUAUUUAUUUUUAAUGUGUCACCCCCUCUUAAAACGCUCGCUUGCGAGCGUCAAAAAACCCUCCCGAAAAAUGUGAAAAUAAAUUAUUUUUAUUAUUACAAAAAAAAUCAAUAAAACCCCAC